AUGCGCUACUCACUCAUUUCUGCAAUUGCCACCCUUGGCAGCGUCGUCAUGGCCCAGCCUGUGGUUCGCUCUGUAACUUCACCGCAGGUUUGCGACAGCCUGAAAGUCCUUAAGGAGAAGGCGCAGAAACUUCAAGUAUCUUGCCAGGGCACCGAGUGGGAUGCUCACUCCAUCGCUAUCGGCCAUGGAGCCUUCUCUAUCAUCGCUGGCAACGGUGACAUGCUCUUGGCGGGCACUAAAACCCUUUCAGACCUGGAGGGUACGAAUCCGUUCACGGCCGAGGAGUGCACUGCCAUCACCGACUCCUUCAAGGAGUUUUCAGCCGCCCAGCAGGUCUACCUUAACCUUCUCGCUGGCAAGUCGGUUGUUCUCACUAAGGCCCCACUUGCGACCGUUGGCCCAUCAGUCGCGGUUUCGCUCACGAACCUCAAGGACGUUUACACGAAACUUGACACCAAGCUCAUCAGCCUCUGCGCGUCCAAGGCGGAGGAGCUUACUUCCGAGGCCAAGACCUUUGAGGCUACUCUCGAUUCUGCUAUCAGCAAGUACGGGUCUGUGGGCAAGAUCCCAAUCCUUCCCAAUUGA